GAUAUAUACGCCCCUUGAUCGACCCUUCAUCCCAUCCCGCUGUUUUUCUCCCGUUCAAAUCCUUCCGUCUUCUUCCCUAGCUCAGAUCCAUGGCUCGUACCAAGCAGACCGCCCGCAAAUCUACCGGUGGCAAGGCUCCCCGGAAGCAGCUCGCCACCAAGGCGGCGAGGAAGUCGGCCCCGACAACCGGCGGCGUGAAGAAGCCUCAUCGCUACCGUCCCGGUACGGUGGCGCUCCGCGAGAUACGCAAGUACCAGAAGAGCACGGAGCUGCUGAUCCGGAAGCUGCCGUUCCAGCGGCUGGUGCGGGAGAUCGCGCAGGACUUCAAGACGGAUCUUCGGUUCCAGAGCCACGCGGUGCUGGCGCUUCAGGAGGCCGCUGAGGCCUACCUGGUGGGGCUCUUCGAGGACACCAAUCUCUGCGCCAUCCACGCCAAGCGCGUCACCAUCAUGCCCAAGGAUAUACAGUUAGCUCGCCGGAUUCGAGGCGAACGUGCUUGAUUCCGAUGAUGUGAGAUGAAUUCUAAAUUCUUUUUUGUUUAUUUUUUCAGCUGUUUGUUUUGGAACAUUAAUUGUAAAUUUUGGGGACCAAUAUGCUUGCUGCAGUCUGUAUUGGCCGGUAAAUCCUGGAAUCUUGAACACGCUGAUUUCUUCGAUUAA